AUGGGGUGCCCGAGAAUCGAGUUGCCUGAAUCGGACCUCCGAACCAUUCGUCAUCGCCUGCCUGCAAAGCCCACACUCCUGAAUCAAUUGUCGCCUCGCCUCGUCAUCCACCCUCGUAUCUAUCUUCAAUGCGCAGCCUUUCCCUUCUUUGCAUCCGUCCAGAACACAGAUACGUCAAGCUUGGUACCGAGAUGGAGAGGUCACCAGCUCUUCUCCUACGAAGAAGCCACUUUUCCUUCACCCAUUGGUCAUUCUGUGCUGUCUUCCAUCGUCUCAGGCUUCCACGUCUGCUACCGGAAAAUCAAUGAUUCAUCAAUAUCGUAAAACGCCAUCUGAUAUUCAACGUCCCUCACCAAUACAAUAUUGCAUGUACCGUCCCCGUUUCAGCUUCACCAACCAAGCUCGGCAACGCAUCCAGAACCAUACAGACUACCGCCCACGUGGGGUACUGUACGCACCGGCAUCAACCCCCCUCGCCGCAAGACUAGCC